AUGCCUGGAACGGGGGCGCAUCUGAGCCUGAAAGAGGAAGAUGUGGUGAAAUUGUCCCUUGAGUUCCUCAAUAACAGGGACCUGCACAUCACCCAGUUGAGCUUGGAGAGGGAGACGGGUGUGAUCAACGGCAGCUAUUCGGAUGAUCUCCUUUUCCUUCGACAGCUAAUCUUAGACGGACAGUGGGAAGAUGUGCUGGAAUUCAUUCAGCCCUUGGAGUCCAUUGAUGGUUUCGAUGCCCGCAAGUUCCGUUACAUAAUCCUCAAGCACAAGUAUGUGGAGCUGUUAUGCAUCAAAUCCGAGGCUGGGCAGUUAGCCAACAUGGAAUCGGCCAUGGAAGAAGUCGUAAAGGUGCUUAAUGAUCUGGAGGGCGUUUGCCCGAGCAAAGAGGAACAUUCCAAUCUUUGUCUGUUGCUUACAAUGUCGAAGCUAAGUGACGAAGCCGAAUUCCGUGACUGGAAUCCUAGCACUGCUCGUGUGCAAUGUUUCCGUGCAAUAUACCCAUUGGUCGAGAAGUUCCUCGUGGACAAGAAGCCCAUUACUCCCAUGUCGAAGAACGAUCGCUUGAUGCAGCUCAUCAUCAAGGGGCUCCUCUAUGAGUCCUGUGUCGAGUAUUGUCAGCUUAAGGCCACCAGCACAAAUGGAACCCAGGCCGGAGAAAUGCAGUUUGCGAAGCUCCUUGGACCGAAUACCGGCUUCUCCGAUGCCGAUCUCAGCCUCUUGUCUUGGCUUCAGAGUAUUCCAUCGCAAACCUUCACGUGUCCGUUCGAGCAGAAGACUCUGAACGUGGACGUGGAACGCCUGGAGAAGCCUUCCCUGGAGACUUCUUGGACAGAGCACAUGUUGGUGACCCCGAUCAAGCCGAAGAUCUUUCCCUAUUCCGCUAUGCCGUAUACGAGGCCUCGCAGUGCGGACAUCAUGUCCCGGUCAUUGAACAUCAUCCUGGAGAACGGACUCCCGUCGACCGUCAUGCCGUUGGGGAUGAACCCUACGAGAAACAGUUUGAUGGUUUUGUCCGUGGGAGAGAUGUCUCGAAGCUUGGCCAGUUUUCAUUUGUCGGGGAACAAGAAGUCCAUGAACACGUCGGUUGACAAACUUUUCGAGGACUCUCACGAAUCAGUAUUUACGAGCAACAUAAAUAAUUCGAACUGUGAUUUGCCUCCGAUAAUGGAGCGAGGCGAGCUCCCGCGACCCCCACGACGGAAACGAUCCAAAAGUCCAGAGAAAGGUGGAAGUCCGAGUCGAGCUACUUCUUCCUCCAGGCGACCCCUCCCCCCAACUCCAGAUGAUUCCAUGUCUCCCAACGAUUCCCCCCGAGCAUCCAGAGAUUCCACGCCCUCUGCUUCCGGGGACCUUUUGAGAGAGUACCAAAGACAGAAACAAAACAGGGUGGGACCACACGUCCAAACUGACGAGGUUCAGCUGAAUGGUGGCGAUCCCGGACUGCGCCGUUCACGAUUGGAUGGCUCACCUAGAAGAAUCAGAACGAACGGGGACGAGCUCCAGGCCUCUCAAAAGCCGCAAACCGUCCAGAAAGAAAAGUGA